AUGGGGAAGCUCGCGGAGAGGCUGAGGGCCUUCUCCAGGAACCGAUGGCUGGUGUUGGUAGCCGCAAUGUGGGUGCAGUCCAUGGCCGGCGUCGGCUACCUCUUCGGCGCCAUCUCGCCGGUGCUCAAGGCCAGCCUCGGGUACAACCAGCGGCAGGUGGCCGCGCUGGCCGUCGCCAAGAACCUCGGGGGCUACGUGGGCGUCGUCGCCGGCACGCUCUCGGCCGCGCUGCCGGCGCGGGCGAUGCUGCUCAUGGGCGCGGCGCAGAACCUCCUCGGCUACGGCUGGCUCUGGCUCAUCGUCGCCAGGCAGGCGCCGCCGCUGCACCUCUGGAUGAUGUGUGUUGUUAUCUUUAUUGGAACAAAUGGCCAGACGUAUAUGAUCACGGCUUCACUCGUUACAAGCAUCCAGAAUUUCCCCAAGAGCAGGGGCCCAACAGUGGGCAUCCUCAAGGGAUUUAUGGGCCUAACAAGCGCCAUUCUGACACAAGUUUAUGCAGUAUUGAACACACCAGACCAUGCUGCGCUUAUCUUCAUGGUUGCUGUUGGUCCAUCGCUGGUUGCCAUUGGCUUGAUGUUUGUUAUUAGGCCUGUUGGGGGUCACAGGCAGGUACGGCCAUCUGACAAGAACAGCUUCAUGUUCAUCUACACUGUAUGCUUGCUUAUCGCCUCAUACCUUGUUGGUGCCAUGCUUGUCCAAGAUUUCCUGCAACCGAGCUAUGAUGUGGUUGUUUUUCUCACUGUGAUUCUGUUCGUCCUCCUUAUUUCGCCAAUCGCAAUCCCUGUGAUCCUGUCGUUAACACCGGAAGAAGCUCAACAUCUGAUGGAAGAUGCUCUCCUGUCUGAACCAUUGACAGGAGAGGCGAGCACUUCACAACAAAAGGAGGAUCAACCAGAGGUCAUUUUAAGUGAGGUAGAAGAGGAGAAGCCUAAGGACACUGAUUCAUUACCACCAUCUGAAAGGAGGAAGAGGAUUGCAGAAUUGCAGGCCAAGCUAGUGGUAGCAGCAGCAAGGGGUGGGGUUAGAAUCAAAAGAAGGCCACACCGAGGGGACAACUUCACCCUGAUGCAAGCAUUUGUGAAGGCUGAUUUUUGGCUUAUUUGGCUAUCACUUUUGCUUGGGUCUGGAUCAGGGCUGACAGUGAUGGACAACCUGGGUCAGAUGAGCCAGGCUACUGGUUACAAAAACGCACAUAUCUUUGUGUCACUGAUGAGCAUAUGGAAUUUCCUUGGUCGUGUUGGAGGUGGCUACUUCUCUGAGAUCAUUGUCAGGGAGCAUAAAUACCCAAGGCACAUAGCAUUGACAAUUUGUCAGAUCGUGAUGGCUGUUGGGCAUGUACUAUUUGCUAUGGCUUGGCCUGGAACUAUGUACAUUGCGAGCUUGCUGGUUGGACUCGGAUAUGGAGCUCACUGGGCUAUUGUGCCAGCUGCUGUCUCUGAGCUUUUUGGUGUAAAACACUUUGGUGCGAUGUACAAUUUUCUCAUACUAGCAAACCCCGCAGGAUCGUUCAUCUUCUCAGAGCUAAUUGUCAGUAACCUCUAUGAACAUGAAGCUGAGAAACAAGCUCACCAACAUCAGAUGUCAGCAUUUCUGUCCCCACAAUUGCUUCACAACACGGGCUUUCUUGCAGAUGGACCACUGAAGUGUGAAGGGCCUGCUUGCUUCUUUUUCAGCUCCCUGAUUAUGUCGGUGUUCUGUCUUGUUGCAGCUGGCUUGAGCGUCCUCGUUGUUCACAGGACCAAACAAGUUUAUCCUCGCCUCUAUAGUUCUGUCCGGACUUGA